AUGAGGAACGAAUAUGCGCUGGGAAACUUUACUCCAUUCGCCAUUGGCUUGUUGGCGGAUUCACAGGCCAUAGCAGAUUCUCGAUAUAACUCGAGUGCACUACCACAGCCUCAACAGUGGUACGAGCCAGAGUGCAUAUGGGGUGUGUCAGAGAAAACUCAUGUCGGUUUUCACUCCUUCCUGUCCGAAAAGAUAGCAGAGCCCAAGAUCGGACUCCUUCUCUCAGACGCCGAGCCUUGGUUCCGCAGGGCAUUCGACAAUGGCAAUGGCAGUGUUGUGACAUUUGACACAAUGUUUACCGGCCUGACACUAGCCAUGUCGGCCCAGAUGCGUUCCGAGAAUGUAUCUGCCGGGUUUUUCACCCCACCGGCUACAGGCGUGGCAUGGGAGAAUGACACGUGCAUUGGUGUGCGGUGGCAGUGGAUCAGUUUCCCGGCGUCGUUGAUGCUACUCGAAAUUAUGUUACUACUGGCGACCAUCGAGCGAGGUCGCAGGUCCGAAUGGGGCGGGGACUGGAAGUCGUCAUCGCUGCCACUCCUCUUCAAUGCGCCAUUGAACGAUAGAGAUAUGGGAGCAGCCAAGAGCCUCAGGGUUGCAGAUAUGGAAGAGAGGGCGUCUUUGCUCAAGUUCAAGCUCGCACGGGAUUUGCAAGAAUCCCAAUCGGGAGGCUGGCGACUGCACAAGGUUGCCGAGUUGCCGCCCCGCGAGAAGAAGUCGCGCAAAGACAAGAAGAUGUCAAAGGAAGCCCAAGAGCCAUCAACUACGGUCGAGCAACGGGAGCCCUCGGAGGAUCAAAGACAAGGGCCCGAUGGAACGAGACAGAAUACCAUGCCAAAUGGUCAUGAGUGGGUGUAG